AUGGCGAGACUGUUGUUUGGCCCGUUUGAGGCUGAAAGGAUGACCGCGGACGAUGAUGUGGCUCACGCACGUGGGCCGCUUCAUAUCCACCUCUUCACCGGCAAUCAGACUCACGGUGAAGUUGCAUGGGUGUUACGGUGUGCCGCACCCAUGUUGGGGUUGGGGCACCACAGGCUGACGCAUCACGCGGUCAACAUUGCCAUCGGUACAACGCGUGGUGAAAGUGACGCCUCUUACGAACAGCUGCGUAUUGAGCUGCCCGAAUUGCUGCCGCGCGUGUCAAAGCUGCUCUGGAUCGACAACGAUGCGGUCGUGCGGGAUGAUGUGGCUUCGCUGAUGCAAGGACUUUUCGUGGGAGAAGACGCCUCAUGCAGCACAGCCGCCGUUCUUAGGCCCAUUUCCGUUCGGGCCGGCACCAGGCUCACCGGCGACCAACUGCGCUACCUGGGACUUACCCGCACCACCCUCCGCAGCAGUUUCUUCAACGCCGGCGUGCUUGGACUCAACCUGGUCGAGUGGCACCGGCACUCGAUCGCGGAGGCUGUGCGUGGCAUGCAGCGGCGGCUGCGCGACGAGCUGAAACAUACCCUUCCAGGCUCGGGACACCUUAGCGCCGACCCAGCGGGCCGGAUGAUUGGUAUCGGGUUGCGGGCAAGAGAGCCCUAG